GGUGGGGGGUACCAGGACGGGGCGAGCCGGGGUGAGAGACAAAGUGGAUGAGAUCUGAAGCAGCGCAUCCCAAGCUGGAAAUGCCCGUCAGGUCCGAGUCUGUCCGAUCGCCCGCCAAUCAGAGCCUUCGUUAAGAGCGGCGUGGCCGCCAGCGUGGGACAAGGAUGGCCACCAUGCCGUUUGUCAGUGAGGGGAAGUGUGUGAGCGUUGAGUGGGAUUUCCUGCAAGGACUUCUGGCCAAGCCUCCUACCCUACCCUGUCUGCAAAACCUUCGCAAAGAGAAGUCACGCAAUGCGGCCCGGUCGAGACGCGGGAAGGAGAACUUUGAGUUUUUUGAGCUGGCCAAGAUGCUGCCUUUGCCCGGCGCCAUCACCAGCCAGCUAGACAAGGCCUCAGUUAUCCGGCUGACCAUCAGCUACCUACACAUGCGGGCCUUCGCCAGUCAGGGAGACCCGCCCUGGAGCCCUCUGCUGGAGGGAGACAGCAAUUGCAACAAAGUGAGACGGUCCACACAUUCUCUGGCUACUGACAUCUUUGAACAGCACCUAGGGGCUCACCUCCUGCAGUCUUUGGACGGCUUUGUGUUCGUGGUCAGCCAGGAGGGACGCUUUCUUUACAUCUCAGAGACAGUUUCUAUCUACCUGGGACUCUCGCAGGUGGAGCUCACGGGCAGCAGCGUGUUCGACUACAUCCACCCGGCAGACCAUGUGGAAAUGGCGGAGCGGCUGGGGAUCAGGCCCCACCUGCGGGCCGAGGCCGGCUGCCAAGUGGGCCCAGAGAGCGCGCCCUCCAGUUCGGCCUCCGCCUCCUCCCUGGCCGGCACGCCAGAGCCCAGCGCAGCGCCAUCAAGUCCUCACUCUCCUGCUGAUGAACCUCCCGACCGGGGCUUCUUCAUUCGGAUGAAGUCCACGCUCACCAAGAGAGGCCUGCACGUCAAAUCAUCUGGAUACAAGGUGAUCCACGUUACCGGGAGAAUCCGCUACCGACCCACCAUCGUUCCUGGCUCGGCGCGGUCAAUGCCCCGGCCCAUGGGGAUGGUGGCAUUGGCUCACACACUCCCGCCCUCCACGCUCAACGAGGUCCGAAUGGAGAGCCACAUGUUUGUCUUCCGUGUCAACAUGGACCUACAGGUCACUUACUGUGAGAACAGGAUAUCCGACUAUAUGGACUUGACACCUGCAGAGGUUGUUGGGCGCACCUGUUACCACUUUAUCUAUGUGGAGGACCUGGAAAACUUGCGGCAGAGCCAUGAAGACUUACUUCGGAAAGGCCAGGUAGUGACAGGUUACUACCGCUGGCUCCAGAAGAGAGGCGGCUACCUGUGGAUUCAGUCUACCGCCACCGUGUCCAUAAACCACAAAGCUCCCCACGAGCGCAACGUCAUCUGGGUCAACUGCGUCCUCAGUCGGACAGAACUUCCUGACACUCCUCUGGAUCUGCUUCAGCUGCCAGAGAGCAUCAGAGCCGAGCGACUCCGAGUGAGCUCCCCUUCCACAAACAGCUCACCACUGGCUCGAGGCUCCCAGCCGGCAAAGAGCUCAGCGGGGAAGAGUGAUUCCGACACGAAAGCCCGAGAGAAGUACGCCACCGCCGCCGUCCAGUCGGAGAACAGGAGGAAGCGCCCGCAGAGGUCUGAGCCUGAGGGCGCCCCCCCUGAGAGCCGCCGCCGUCUGGAGGAGUUGCGGCACGCCGAGGAGAGCGUGUCAGCUUCCUCAGACCCGGCCAGCGAGAGCGAAGGCGAUGACGAGGAAGAGGAGGAGGAGGAAGAGCCCGAGUGGGAGCAGGGGGGCGACGGCGACAAAUUGAAACAAGAAGACAGCACAGGGAAGCCGAGCAGGGGGGUCGACGCCCCAACGAGAGGCGAGAGAGGAGGUCGACUGCACAACGGGCGGGCUGUGAUCCAGCAGCUAAAGAGCGCAGUGACCCCGGCCCCAAGCAUUAAGACGGAACACGAGGCCCUUGCCACCGGGGGGCGCUGGGGCUCGCACAGCAGCCAGCCCCAACCUUCCCAUGCGCAUACUCCCUCUAGCAGCCUUAACGGCGAUAGCCCCCACACCCCAAUACCCGACUCCUCCUCCAGCAGCGAAGCUCCCCCGAAAGGCCUCUUUACCCCUCCCUCCCCAGCCUUGUCCCCUGUCAUGCCUGUGUCCUCGCCCCUCCCCAGAGAGGAGCGGGCAGCAUCGGGGGCUGUCAGUAGGGGUGGUGGACCGGGCGGGGGCCCUGACUUGGAGCUCCUCCAGAGACUGGCCGCGGGGGGCGCAGCAGGGCGGGUCCUCUUUCAUCCUCUGGCCCUUGGCCCCCAAGGCCCUCAGAGCCUGUACGCCCCCAGCACCAUCCGCUACGCUCCCCCUGAGCUGCCCCCCUCCCACCACCACACCGUGAGCCACGGGGACGGCCUGCAGCUGCGCUCAGAUCACCACAAGGGACCCCCACCGGCUUUCUUCCCCCACCUGCAGCGACUGGCCGGCCUGCCGCCCUUCAGCGGCUUCUCCCCUUCGGACAGCCCCUUCCCCUCAGGCCUGCCCUUCUGUAUGAAUGGAUUACGGGGGGCCGCCGGCUCAGAGGAGGACUGAGACCACAAAAAAGACGUCAAAAAGUGCUCAAGCGUCAGGACGUUAAGCCUCAGAGGAUGUCAUUAAUUGGACUUGAACGACGGCCGUGUUAUUUGCGCGGCGGACGAGUUGACAGCGAAUCUGGGAACAUAAAAACAGACCACUUUUGACGGGACGACUUGAUCGGCGCUCCCUCGAGACUUUUACGGCACAAUAAUGAACUGUCGCCGGACCACUUGUGUGUUUCUUCCACUCAGAGAAGCCAUAUUGUACAUAAGACAACAACCAUGAUGACCCUCAGCUCACAUAGCGCCCUCACCUCACCCUCAACUCUCACCCCAAUUAACCCAAUUAACUCGCCAGUAGAAAAAAAAAAGACGGACACUUGUAGGAGUGGAUUUUUAUUAUUGCAGUAUUAUAUAAAUAAGCAUUUUUGGGGGGCUGGCUUUGGUUUUAGAGAUUCCUUCAGAAUAAAUAGAAGGGAUUUUUAUAUUAAGAUUCAAAAUCGUUACAAAAAAAAGUCAUACUAAUUAAAAGCACACUGUUGGGGACAAAAUAUAAUGAAUAAUAAUAAUAAUACACCCAAGACAUUCCAUCACACACAAGGGAGGAAAUGCAAUUGAAACAAAUUUUUCUUCUGUUAAAAUUAUUUUGGACGAAGAAUAAUAGACUAUCUGACGCCAUGCUGUUUGUGUGUGAAAGCCAUAUUUUUUUAAUGGGCGUUGUUUCCACCUAAAGGCAAUGAAACGAUCAUUAACUCAUUAGCUGCCAUUUACGGUAAUGGACGAACGAGAGUUGCUUAAAACAUUUGCUGUUUUCACAUUGAUCAUACAGUAAUUUUAGCAUAUUACCACUUAAAGCAACACUUUGGAACUUUUCAGUUUUAGUUGAUUUUAGCGACGCCGGUGGACAAAAGCGGUAGUGUUUUGCCUUAAGGAAGACUGCCUUUCUCAUGAGGACCAGCGCUGCGUUUCCCAUGAGGAACAGCGCACACCCGCAUAGUGUCGUAAAAUCAUGAUGGUCGCCUGCAGAUGGAUUAAACAACAUUUCUGUUUCCAGCAGCUGUGUGUAAUGAAUCCAGUUCCAAGGGAAUCCAGGGGGGGUGUCACGCCAGCGAGUGAAAGCCGGGCCAAUGUUUAUCCUGUAAAUCCUGGUUGCUGCCCUUUCUUUUCCUCCUCAGAAAAAACUUUUUGUCCCUCUUACAUUGCCAUCUUUGCAGAAUUCGCACAAAAGCGUUAGCAUUGACUUCCGUCUUCAUGAUGAAUGGGGAAAGGUCGAAGUGCAUAGGCGGAGUAGGACUUUUGGGGCAGGGGGGGGGCACAACAUGUUGAUGACCCCGAAACGCAAUAAAAUUAACUUACAAGAAUAUUUAUAAUAAUAAGUUGAAAAGGAGCGUUUUUUUUUUUUGUUUAUCAUUCUUGAGGGGAAUUCUAAAUCAGGCUGCUGGCAGGACAGCUAUACUUUUCGCCAAGAUCAUCAUCCAUUGAAUAUGGUACGCCCGCUGGUGUCGUGCCAAUGUAGUUACCUAAGUCAAAAAUUGUAUCCCCUGGGCGGAGCCAUCUGGGGGUAGAUUUGUGUCUUCAUUAUUCGAUCGGGAAAAAAAAGUUGCUUUAAUCAAAAUAUAUAUUUUCGAUUAAAAAAAAGUCACUUCAAUUAAAAAAAAAGUGUUUGAAUGCAAAAAUAAAUUUGAAAUUUAAAAAAAUGCAUUCAAAAGCUAUUUUUAUUUGAUUUUUCUGAUUGAAGCAACUUUUUUUGAUUGAAGUAAUGUUGUUUUGUGUUUGAGCCACAUUUUAGCAAGGACGUUUGUGUCUUUAUUAUUCAAUCAAAAAAUAAGUUGCUUCAUACAAAAAAAAAAAAAAAUUCAAAAGAAAAAUCAUUUCAAUCAAAAAAAAUUUUUAAAUCAUAGAAAAAAAGUUUUUGAAUGUGAAAAAAUAUUUGAGACUCAAAAAUUUGCAUUUUAACACAUAAUUUUUCAUUGAAAAAAAUUUUUCCUUGAUUUUAGCAAUCCUUUUUGGGUUAGGGCCAUAUUAUGGGUUGGAUAUUUGUGUCUAAAUCAAUCAAUUCCCCCAAAAAGUUGCUUCAAUCAUAAAAAAAUAUACGCAAAGCAAAUUACCGUCUAAGGUGCUAAUCACAUGAUCUGUUCAAAAAAUAAAUUUGACCCAUUAUAAAAAAAAA